AUGGACCAGAGAAGGUUCCUCUGGUGGCACGAGGCUGCUUUGUCAGUCCUGGGGCUCUGGCCUCCGCAAGGCAUAUCCGGGGUUUCUUUCGGCGUUUACUGGGUCUACAGAAUCCUGUUCCUCUUCGUCUUCUGCUUCGCAUUCAACGCGUUCGAGAUUGCUGGUUUCUUCGUCAUUUACAACGACCUGCAGGCUGUGGCGUCAAACCUCUGCUGGUCCCUGAUGCACUUUACGGUGUGCCUGAAAAUCGGCCUAUUCUUUGCGAAGAUAGCAGAGUUGAAGAGAAUCUGUGCCCGCCUUCGGACCUCCGUCUUCCUUCCAAACCAGGAACGAAGCCCCGGGGAACCGGAAGUGGUCGCCAUCGCGGUCAAGAUGAGCGUCGGCUACCUCCUCGUCUACUAUUCGAUGACUGUGGUCAUUCUUGCGAACUGCUUCAUCGCCCCGCUCUAUCGCGAAAAGCCCCUUGAGACGCUGGACGCCAAUCCAGCCGAUUCGAAGCCGGAGCCUCCGCAGAAUCCGCUGCCCUAUUACACCUACGUUUUUUGCAACGCCUUGAAGUCUCCAUGCUACGAAAUCGCCUACAUCUACCAGACCCUCUCUACCCUCGUUUGCAGCCUCGUUCUUAUCCAUUGCGAUAACCUCUACCUCUUCAUCGUCAUGGUCUGCACCUCGCAGCUGCGAAUUCUCAACGCCUCCCUCGAGACCGUCAUCCGUAGGGCCACCAGGAACUGUCCGAAACAACGGUGGAAGGAUUACGCUGGACUGAGAACCAAGCGGAACGACGUCGUCGAUAGGGAGUCCUUCAGACUUGGGGCCAACUGCGUAAAACAUCAUCAUGCUAUUCUGGAAGUACUGGAUGAGCUGGAGGGAAUAUACAAUUUGGUUAUACUCAUACAAUUUCUCUCACAUCUGGUACAGUUGUGUUUCCAAAUGUUCAUCGUUUCCGAGAUUUCUCUGCUGAGCUUCGACGGUCUUAGCAUGCUUGCUUUCGUCGUUGCGAUGGUGAUCGAAGUCUACGUUUAUUGCCAGUGCGGAAAUGAGAUCGAAAUAGAGAGUUCCAAGAUUUCCCAGUCAGCCUACAACGCCCAGUGGACCUCGAGCUCGGAACCCGUAAAGAGAAUGCUGCUGAUCAUCAUGCUGCGCGCUCAGCGGCCCGUUGAAUUCACAGUCGGAAAGUUCGUGAAGCUUUCACUUAGGACCUUGGUAUCGGUUGUCCAAGGCUCGUUCUCAUACUUCAUGGUACUACGAAAAAUGCAGUAAUAGCCAUUCGCCAACGCAGCUAUUAUGCCUAAUGUACAAUUGUACGGCUUAAUUAAACGCUUCGUAUAAUUGAUCUUUCGUAAUUUUGACACACCGGUUGUUUGUUUUCAUUCAAAACGAACCUUCGCAACUUAAUGAAUAGCAAUUUAACUUAUAGAGUAAGCUGAUAUUACUGAUCGUCGCUAGCGAAUCCUAAUACAACGUGAUUGCGACCGAAUUAUUAGAUCGAGGAAUCACAGCAGGCGACUAAUAGAUCCUUGGGUCUA